AUGGCAGGACGUGCUCUCCUCCUCGCCUUGCUAACUACCUCCCUGGUCUCGCAAUCUGUAGCAUCAUCAUGUAGUCACGAUCAACAUUUGCAGCUAUUUAAUCCAGCAUCUCAAUCGACCGUCAGGACUGAAACGCGUCUACCACGUAUGUCCAAACGAGAUGUGGUCAAGAGCCCUAUUCGCAUCUUCUUGGACUACCGGUAUCUCUGGACUGACCUGAAUGUCACGACAUUUAAUACCACUAGUAUGGUUGCUGGAACGAACGUGACUACCGUCGUGGAUCCAAGAGUAAAUAUUACAAACAAGCUGAAUAUUGUUUCAGACUGGUUUGGGAAUGUGCUUAAUGUUACUGCUCCUGUAUCAGGAAAUUUAACCAUCGACAGAUCAUGGUGUAUAUCAGCACUCCCAGACUCGACACUCUGUAAUGCCACAUCACCGUCAUACGUCGAACAAUGUGGUGUCGUGACAAUUCCCGAUGACCAUUUUGGAGACUUCACGCUUUGCGCUGGUGAUGCUACCAAUUGCACAGUGAUUCCAGGCGGUCUUGGAGUUGCAGCAGACACCAUCUUGUAUCUGUCAUCGAAAAACACGUCUAUAUGUGCUGCUGGAGCAACACUGUCUCAUGGGUCGUAUUGUCGGAUGAAUCAGUUUGAUAGGCCUAUUGUGGGAAGCUUGAAUCUGUGUCCGUUGUUUUGGGGACUAUUUGCGGUGGAUAAUGAUACGUGGAUUACGUCUGAAGCUGUAUCGAACGUCAUACACGAAACAUCCCACAUCCUGGCAUUCUCGUCUUCCCUGUUUCCAUUCUACCGUACCCAAGGCCUCAUUCCUCGAACUCCAAGAGACGCUCUUGGAAUGCCUCCUGUUGAUGUCAAUGGGAAAUUUAUUGCAUCGAAUACAACAUUGCAAGUCUUUCAAGAACGCAAUGCGAAUGUCACGAAACUGGUAUUGCCUAAUAUGCUAGCUAAAGCAAGAAGCCAUUUUGGAUGUGGGACGUUGAAUGGUGUUGAAUUAGAAAACCAAGGAGACUCGCUAAUCGCUGGCUCACAUCUCGAAAAACGUAUCUACGGACCAGACUACAUGACCGGCUCCACCGUCCCCGGCAUCGAACCUGAUUUCAACGAUAUCUCGCUCGCAGCCUUCCAAGACUCUGGAUGGUAUGCCGUAAAUUACGAUUAUGCCAUUAAUUCGGCAUGGGGUCUCAAUAAGGGCUGUUCGUUUGCCACUGAUUCGUGUUUGUCAACACCGUCAAACACGUCGGCUGUCGCGGAGGUUAUACCUGUUGAUGCAGCAUCGUUUUGCAAUUCGACGCAGGCUGCUAUGACUUGUGUUGCUGGACGUUUCGCUAAAGGGAUUUGUGGGAUGAGUAAUACUUUGGGUCUUGGAAGUGUGCCAAAGAAUAUGCAGUGGUUUGAUGGGAUUGUAGCGCCUGAUUCGGUUAAUGCGACUGGUGGGGUUGUUGAAUUGAUGGACUAUUGCCCAACCUACAUCCCAACCGGCGACUUCCAAUCUGGACGAAGCAACAGUGAUUGCCGAAACCUCUUCAACCUGCCAAACUCUGAUGCUCUGGAGUCAUUCGAUCCUUCAGCACGUUGCAUGGCUUCAUCCCUGACUCUAAACCCGAACGUCACUCAAGACUACCAGCCGAUAUGCUACCCUGUAAUAUGCAGCAAUGACGCUCAAUCCGGCUUGACCACGUACUUGAUCACCGUAAACGGAUCUUCGAUACAAUGUGGUGUCGGAAACAUUACCGUCACUGUACCAGGAACCAGUGGGAAUAUUUCUUGUCCACCAGUAACCGACUUGUGUUUCGUAGUGCCUCAACAAUGUGUUGAUGGAUGUAGUGGUCAUGGCCGUUGCUUGGGAGCUCAGGCUCCACAAACCUGUGUGUGUAAGCCUGGCUGGACUGGUUUUAGCUGCAAUACUCCUUCAUGGGGUUUCACACCAAUCCAGUAUCCUCCUCAAAUACCGUCUGGAGCACUUGUACCGGGCGUUACGGAUAUAAAUUUUGCUUCUCCAGCUGUUGCAACUGCUACUGGAACGUAUGCUGCUACGAUGACUGGUACUGCUGCUGCUGCUACAGCAACUGGAACCGGUGGAAUUCCUGCCACUUUGCCAAUAAACUGGGUUGGUGCUACUUCAACUGCACACGUGUACGAAAGUUCUAGUGUGGCUGUACACGCUACUCCAGCUUCACUUACUGGAGCACAAGAAACAUUGAGUGCUACAGCUAUAGUAGCAGUACCAGCCAACAUCGUCUUCGCAUCACCAAACGGUCAACCACAACUAAACAAUAAUACGGUUCCAAGCAGUCCCGUAAUUCAAGUGACUCCAAGUGCUCUUCCAAGUGCUACGACUGUAAAGGCUAUGACAUUCACUACAACAGUAGCUGCAACUGCUGCUGUAACGACUACAUAUGGAAUGACUCCUCUAACUGCAGCUACCGCUGCGGGCACAUUAACACUAUUGACUGGAUACAAUGGAGUUCCUGCUUCCCUGACUACUGGACUUUCAGCUUCAGCAACAUCAACAGCAAUACAGACAACAGCUCCAGCUGUAAUUAUAAAUUUUGGAGUUGGAGGUGGUAUAGUUUUCGCAUCGCCUAACGGACAAGUUGGGCUCCAGAAUGCUACUACGGUUGUUAGUGGUGUGCAGCCUACUGGUGUUGUGAAGGCUAGGAGGGUUAGACGGUUUAAGAGAAAUUGA